CCCUCGACAUUUGCAUCGUAGACACCGGCUCGUCAAGAGGACUUUGCUGUUCAGCUGUGAUUUUCAAGUGAUUUUGAGAAAUUUAAUUUUAUUACGGUAAUUUGAAUUAAGUGAAGGUUUUGCAUUUUGUUUUUCGCUCGUUUAGUACAAGUAGUAAUCAGUUCACCAUGAUGCACGAUCUGACCGAAUCUGCGAUCCCCUCGCCAAGCCAAAAGUUGGUCGAUUACAGCAAAAAAGCCCUCAAGGGAAUGCCGGAGCGCUUUCUGUUCGAGUGCGCGAUGAAGCUCGCCAUCAAGCCGCUCACGUCGGCGACGGCCGCCGUCCUCUUUCAUCGGUUCUUCAAGGAAGCGGACGAGUCGGAAUACGAUCCCUACAUGAUCGCCGCGUCCUGUCUCUACCUGGCCGGCAAAAUCAAGGACGACCCCGUCAAGAUCCGCGACGUCAUCAACGUAUCGUACAGCACCAUCCACCGCGGUGCCGGUCCGCUCGAGCUGGGCGACGAGUACUGGGCGAUGCGCGACACGAUAGUCCAGGCGGAACUGUUCAUCACGCGCUUUCUCAAGUUUGACCUGACGACGGUGCACCCGCACAAGUACAUGCUGCACUACAUGAAAUCGCUGCAGGACUGGUUCGGCGUGAAGGAGUGGAACGCGCUGCCGGUGGCCAAGAUGGCCGCCUCGUACCUGCAGGACUUUCACCACAGCUCCAAGGUGCUGGACCACAAGCCGGACCACAUUGCGGUGUGCUGUCUGGCGUUGGCGUUCCAGACGUACGGCGUGCAGGUUCCGCUGACCGAGGAGCUGGACGACGUGGCGGCGUGGUACAACGUGUUCUGCAAGGAUCUGUCCCGCGACAAGCACUGGGAAAUCAUCGAGGACAUUCUGGAGGUGUACAAUGCGGACGCGGAAAUCGACGAGGAGGACGAUUAAGGCUGGGUUGAUCCUUAGGGUGGGGAGGUGGAGGGUUUGGGCAAUACUGGAGAGCGGUUCUUCAUCUCCUACUUUUGAAAUGCUUGAAAGACAUGUUAACUUUUUAGUUUUACUGGAAUGCUAAAAAACUUCAUUUCUAGAGUUUUUUUUGAUUAGGUCCUAUAAACAUAUGAAAGACAAUAGUUUAUUGGUCCUUUUCAAAAAAAACUCUGGAUUUAACCAGUAUAAGAUCAAAUUUUGCAUGCCUCAACAAACACAAAAGGAAGAAAACACAGAACGCAGAAUAUUUUCGAAUAUUAAAAGAGUACAACCCAAAAGUAUUACACAACAUCUAGCGAAAAAAAACCAACAUCUGAAAUACUGCUCUCUCAACAUGUAUUGAUGUCUUUUCACCCCCCACUAACCAAAAUACAAAAAAAAAGCCGGAGAAGCAUGAUCAAUAAAUUUAUCAAUGCAAAUGUUUGUUUUUAAGUAUAUGACGCUGGAAAUUCACCCACAAAGUAGCUUCCAACAGUGAUAAAGCCAUAGUUCAAGUUCAGGUUGAUCUGCUUGAAAAGAAAGUGAAAGAGGGAGGGGUCUCCCGGAACAUAAUUGUGAUGAGUUGUGGCCGGAGGUGAGAGCAGGUAACAAUCGAUCAA